UCAAUCACUUACUUGGAGCAAGGAGUCUUCCCCUCGUAAAAUAUCCCACUUUAUACCAUAUCCUCCAGUGCUAAACACCUAUCGUUUUGUUUUUGUUUAUUCAUUCAUUCAUUCAUGGAACAUAUCUGUUGCUGACAAGAUGUAUUUGUUGGCUGUCCCUGUGUGUGUUGAACUGAGAACCUUGCUUCCGUCAAUUCAGAGGUAGCUGAGCAGGAUUCUGGGAGAACACAGUAAGCUAGGCAGCAUCAGGAGGCAGAGAAGUCAAUGUUUCAGCCAAUUCAGAGGGAAAAUAAGAGUUAACUACAUUGCUGCGUGUCUGGGCUACCAGGAUGUCAACACUUUUUCCCUCACUCUUUCCCCGAGUGACAGAGUCUUUGUGGUUUAACCUUGAUCGACCAUGUGUGGAUGAAAAUGAACUCCAACAACAAGAGAACCAACAUCAGGCUUGGUUGCAGAGUAUUGCUGAGAAGAACAAUACUUUGGUCCCAAUUGGAAAGCCUGCCUCUGAGCAGAACUAUGAUGAUGAGGAAGAGGAGGAUGAUGAGGAUGACGAGGACAGUGAAGAGGACUCUGAGGAAGAUGAAGAUAUGCAGGACAUGGAUGAGAUGAAUGAUUACAACGAAUCUCCAGAUGAUGGAGAGAUAAAUGAGAUCGACAUGGAAGGUGCAGAGCAGGAUCAGGACCAGUGGAUGAUCUAAAAGGCCUUCAACUGUCUCUCUGCGCUCUUCAAAUCCAGGCAGUGACUUCAGUUUAUUUUCCAACUUUGACGCUGGGACCAAGAGACACGAGUGGAAAAAGACCAGUCCAGUCACAAAUACAUGCACCCUUCUCCUCCAUUCCCCACUCCCAGCCCUAACCUUGACUCCUCGCAAAUCCCUUAGGCUUCUCUGAAUGGCUAAUGAUCGCUCUCUUCCAGACUAAAUGGGAAGCCAUUCAGCCUCUUGGGUUUGGUCAUAGCUGUUCUGUCUCUCCUCCACAUGCUUAGGUUCUACAAUCCUCGGAGAUGUGAUUCUUUGCCCUGGUGAAAUCAACUUCCAUCUUGAGGUUUCAGUUGACUAUCUCCCUCCUUUCCUCAGACAAAAAGUUCUGGAUUUACACAGCCUAUUCCCACGCCAGGGAAAUGAUGUUUGUGGAAUUUGUGGAAUCAAUUAUCCUGUGGGAUGUUGCCAUCCUGUCUUAUGGUUUGUAGAAUCAAAGGAGUUUUUGGAGCGGGUCUCUCUGAGAUCCCAACCUCAGCCCAAAGGUCAAGGAGCUAAGGUGAGACCAGGUACAAUUUGUGAUACAUUCAGCCCAAAUGCUCCAUGCUGCUCUUCAUCACACCUUUUUGAACUUCAACUUUCAGCAUACCCUUCCCUCCCACCACUUCUCCUUCAGAUCUUUUAAUUUCUCUUCAAUGCAUCUCAGCUGUUCACCAUUUAACCACUGCCUGCUGUGGCAAGUUCCACAUUCUCACCAGGAAACUGAUUCUCCUCCAAAGACAGGACUGAAAGCAACCUUGCUCUGUUCAUUGCAGUUUUCUAUUUACUGCCUCUGUUGAACAAUUCCUUGAGGAUAUUUCUGGUGAACUUUUAAAAUAAAAUGUUUUCUUUUGAAAUCUCA